AGAAAGAAAUGGGAAGGCAACGGCUGUGACUCUGACCCUCUGUGGGCACAAGGAAGCUGAGGGUCUGGUCUUCAGCCCUGGAGCAGAAGCCUGUGGCUGAGAAGCUGCAGACCCACCAGCCAUGCAAUGUGGAAAACCUGUUGGGCCACAGAGUAGAAUCAGCAAUUGAAGUCAUCACCUCCAAAAUGCUCUGUGAUGCCUUAUAGGUGCCAAGGGGGUCACACAUACUCUUUUGGUUUUGGGCAGGGCAGUGGUCUGCCUCCAGUGGGGCACAUCUGGAGAUGGAAGAUGGCAGAAUAUCACUGGGCAAACUCAAAGAGGGGUCAGAGAACCCAGCUUUUGACUUGAUGGAAGCGCGGGAACUCCCUGAGGGAAACGAUGGUCCACCCGAAGAGAGUGAGAAAGAAGAGAAAGCCCAAUGCCCCUCCUGCUGGAGGAAGGUGACACAGCCCAUGGGGAAGGCGAGGCACUUUUGCAAGACUCAUUCCAGCUUGCUCCGGAAGAUCUUCCUGGGUCUCCUGUGUACAGCUUACCUGUGCUACUUCAUUGCGGCCUGUUGCCUGAACUUCCAGCGUGCCCUUGCCUUGGUGGUCAUCACCUGCAUUGUUGUCUUCUUUGUGGGCUAUGACUUCAUUCAGAAGCACUAUGGGGCAAAGCUGGUGAGGCUCUUCAGCCCUUGUCAGCAGUGCUUCCGGAAGUCCUGGCCAUGGCUGAAAUGGGUGUUCUGCUUGGCUGUUCUGGGUGGGCUGGUCGUAUGGUUGGCUCUGGACACUGCCAAAAAUCCGGAGCAGCUGAUCUCAUUUGCUGGCAUCUGUGUCUUUGUGCUGGUCCUUUUUGCCUGCUCCAAGCACCAUGGCGCAGUGUCCUGGAGAGCUGUCUUCUGGGGUCUUGGGAUGGAGUUUGUUCUGGGAAUCUUCAUCAUCAGGACGGACCCUGGAUUUCAGGCCUUCCAGUGGCUGGGCAGUCAGAUUCAGUAUUUCCUGAGUUACACCACAGCCGGCUCCAGCUUCGUCUUUGGGAACAAGCUGAUCCAAGAGGCCUUUGCCUUUCAGGCUUUACCCAUCAUCGUCUUCUUCAGCUGUGUGAUGUCCAUUCUCUACUACCUUGGCCUCAUGCAGUGGAUCAUCCUGAAGAUCUCCUGGCUGCUGCAGGUCACCAUGGGCACCACAGCCACGGAGACCUUGAGUGUCGCAGGGAACAUCUUUGUGGGACAGACAGAAGCUCCCCUGCUGAUCCGCCCCUACCUAGAGGACAUGACGUACUCAGAAAUCCAUGCUGUGAUGACCGGGGGCUUCUCCACUAUUGCCGGCAGUGUGAUGGGAGCCUACAUGUCCUUCGGGAUAGAUGCAUCAUCGCUGAUCGCAGCCUCUGUCAUGGCUGCACCCUGUGCUCUCGCCAUGUCCAAGCUGGUUUAUCCUGAGGUGGAGAAGUCUAAAUUCAAGAGCAAAGAUGGCGUGAUAAUUAGCAAUGGGGGAGAGCAGAAUAUCCUGGAAGCUGCCAGCAAUGGUGCUUCUGCUUCCGUGGGGCUGGUGGCCAACAUUGUGGCCAACCUGAUCGCCUUCCUGGCCGUGCUGGAGUUUGUCAAUGCUGCGCUUUCCUGGCUCGGAGACAUGGUGGACAUCAAGGGGCUCUCCUUCCAGCUGAUCUGCUCCUAUGUCCUCAUGCCUGUGGCCUUUCUGAUGGGGGCCGACUGGGCAGACUCACCAGUGGUGGCUGAGCUCCUGGGGAUCAAAAUCUUCCUGAAUGAGUUUGUGGCCUAUGAGCGGCUGUCCAUGUACAAGAAGAAUCGCCUGAAGGGGCUGGAGGAGUGGAAAGACGGCCAGAAGCAGUGGAUUUCGGUGCGAGCUGAGAUCAUUACGACCUUUGCCCUCUGUGGAUUUGCCAACCUCAGCUCCAUCGGGAUCAUGCUGGGAGGCCUUACAUCCAUGGUUCCUCAGAGGAAGAGUGACUUCGCCAGCAUCGUGCUGCGAGCUCUGUUCACCGGGGCCUGUGUCUCCAUGCUUAAUGCCUGUGUGGCAGGCAUCCUGUACGUGCCCAGAGGGGAAGUGGAGAACUGCGUCACCUUCCUGAGCACUGUGGACUUCAAUAGCACCAGCUACAACAUCUACAUGUGCUGCCGGCAGCUCUUUGCAAACUCCAUGCUCAGCAACAACGGGACCCUCUCCUUCACUGGUGCCUGGGCAGGACUUGAGGCCAGCAUGGCAUUGGCGACACAGUGCUGUGGGCACUACAACCACACGACCUGUCUGGGGCAACCCUAGGUCAGCCGUUGUGAGGUGGUGACAGGACUGGAUACCUACAUGGGCACAUGCCCAAACUGCAAAGGCAAGGGCUUGUGCAAGAAUCAACCAGGACCUGACACUCAGGGCCUGACACCUUCCCAGCCCAUUCUGCCAGGCACAAAAGAGUGGUGCAGGGGCAGGGCCCUGGGCUUCUCCUCCUCAGCUCCCAUUAGCUGCACUGCACUUCCCCUCGCAACCCCCCAGAGACUGUACACAACCAGCCUGGAUUGUGGAAACUGCCCCUGGGCUGGCUCCAGGAUCAGUGAGCCACAGGGGGUUCUUGAGCACUCCCCCUACUUCCUGAUGGGCCCAGCCCACAGCCCAGGCCUUUCCUGACUACUCCUUCUGACAUUUGCUAUCCCAUAUGCAGCAGCAGCUGACGCCCUGCCCUUGAGGACUGGCUCCCAUGCCCUUGAGAACUGGCUUCUCUUCCACCCUGAUUCAUGCACGUGGCCUUGACUUAGGCAUAUGAGGGGCCCUCCUUUAUAAUGUCAAGUCAAUAACAGCUCCUGAUCAAACCAUG